AUGGAGUCGCGUGCGUUAUUCGCACGACACCGGGGUUUCGAUCUUAGGGUAUUGGGACCACCGAGCAGAGUCCUCCUUAGUCUGAUGCAAUUACCCGGACGCGCACUGAAAGAGAUACCCUCAUCCUGCGGCGAGAAACUCGCCCUGUCGGAACCAAAGAUCGAGCUCGAUCUGCCUGAAGUGUCCGAGAUAGAGGGCGCCGACGCAUCUCGCUGGUGCGAUCCCGUCUCGGACUUGUGGAGGGAGGGCAUUUAUGAUGCUCGGCUCCGCGACUGGGAGCGCGGGAUGGAUGCGACCAACACCCCAGAUACUUGUGAAGACGAGUCUGUCGGGCCGGAAUGGGAGAGAUGA